AUGUGGAUCCUGGAGAAUUCAGAGGCCUUUGAUGGCCGAAAGUUAUGGUUGCGACCAGGGAAAACCUAUCUAUUUGGUCGAACAGCCGCAGAACCCGGUCAACUUGCGAUAUCACACAAUACGAUCUCGCGCAAGCACUUGACCAUCACCGUAAGCCCCGUUGAGAAAGGCCAGGCUCACAAUCCAAGGAGUCGCUCUACGCUCACGAUCGAAGAUUUGGCGACAAAAAUAGGGACAGUCGUCAAUGGAGAAAAGAUCAAAGGCAAGAGAAAGGUGAUUGAAGGGGACAAGGCCGAGUUUACGAUGGGAAAAUGCCCAAACAGAUUCAGCAUCUCCUGGGAACCAGUUGUCUUCGCAUUUUCUUUCACCAGCAAGGAAUUACAGAUAGACCCCCUAACUACACUCCGAAAAAGAUUCGAGCAGCUUGAUAUCAAGCUAGUGACAGAAUAUGUUGAUUCCACCACACAUGUUGUCUCAAAGAAGCGAAAUACAGCCAAGGGUCUUCAAGCCUUGAUCAACGGGAAACAUAUCGUAACGGAGACUUUCCUCGAUGCAGUGUCUGAAGCCGGAAAUCUGGCGGAUGGGGCGGAGACCACUGAGUUGAGCCCCCUGGAGCAGGACUUUGAUCAAAACUGGCCUGAUGCUAUGCAGCAUUUACCUCCGAGGGGUGGUGAGCCUGUACAACACCCUGACUCGACGUAUGCCCCAGACGCAGGGAGACGUGACAUAUUCGAAGGCUACAGCUUCAUCUUCUACGACCCCGUACAGUACAACAACUUGCUGGCGCCUAUUACGAGUGGUGGCGGCAAAGCAUUGCUGCGAAAUGUGGUUCCCGAAGAAACUUCGGUCGAUGACUUUGUUCAAUAUGUCAAAAGUGUUGCUGGUGAAAAGGGCCUUGGUGCCUUUAACGACGGCAGCGAGGGCAAAGGUGUAGUAGUAGUACGCUUCGUUCCUUCGAAAGGAGGUUCAGUUGAUUGGUAUGUGGAGUUUUUCAGGUCUGUAUCUCUGAGACUGGACCAUCGUCCUAUUGAGCAGAGUGAGUUUUUGGAAGCAAUCCUCAUCAAAGAUGCGAGUAUUCUUCGACGCCCUCUCGAGGUUGAGUCUGCACAUAAUACGCAACACCAACACCAGACUCUUCAAGAUCCUGAGGUGGUCAAUGGGACACAGCACCCUGCCACACAGGCUGAAACGUCACAGGCACCCGAAGAGUCACAACUUGCUCCUCGACGUGGGCGGACGAGGAGAACUGUCAAGAGACGCUUUGCAGGCUUCGGCGGCGAUGAUGACGUUGAUAUGGACGAUAUCCCUACAGCAUCAGCGCCUGUAAAUCAACCCGCAACCCGUGCUGCGACUCAGGAUGCGACGCAAGCGCCAGCAGAGGAAGAAGGUUUAUUCGUGUCUCAGGAGCCAGAUGCACCCCCAGAAACGCAACCAUCCAGCAAUGCCAAGUCUUCACAAAGGAAAAGGCGAGCUUCACCAUUACCGCAAGAUGACCUCAUGGAUGGUAUGACAACUGCAGCAGAGAGGUUCAAGCGUCAACGGAUAGAGCGAGGUGAAGAUUUGGAGGAGCCGGCUGAGCAGAUGGAAACUGAGACAGCCGAGAAGGUCCCAGAGCCAAAGAAGAUCAAGAAAGAGUUCGAUAUCUUGGCAAUAGCUGCACAAAACAGAGAGCAGGAAGAAGCUCGUGCACGAGCUGAAAAGGAAGAUUUGGCAAAUUUACCAGAUGAUGUUGAUCUCGCUGAGAUUCGCAGACUCAACAUCGUAGAAGAGAUGGAAGUACGACAACCGAGCCAUCCCCGUACUCGAGAACAAGACAUCCGUGACGGGCGAUGGGAUCCCAAGUGGAAUGGGAUGAAGAACUUCAAGAGGUUCAGACAACGCGGAGAGGCGACAGGACGACAGCCUGCAAAGACUAUUGUGCCUCUAACGCAGGUCAAGACGAAGGAGUUCGGCGUUGGAGACGAUUACUGGCUCGAGGACGAGGAAACGGAGCGGAGAAAGAGGAACUCAAGCCAGACUCCUGUAACACAGUCACAACCAUCUGCGCCCACAGCACCAUCGGCUUCAUCUCGUACCCAGAAAAGGGCAUAUGCCAAUGUCAUAUCAGACAGCAGCGACGAAGAGAGUAAUUCAGUAUCGCAGCGAUCUUCGGUACCAGCGACUCGAACACGAGGGGCACAAGUUGCAGCGUCACAAACACAGUCGCAAGCUAAAUCAAAGAGUCAAGCAUCACGGAACACUAGUCAGGGGAGUAAACGAGCUGCAGCAGAGCCUGCUGCAGGACAGCAGCCUCCGAAGCGGAGUCGGCCAACGAGAAGAGCUGUGGAAGUCGCGGAUAGUGACAGUGAUGACGAGCUCAAGUUUCGAUUUGGAAAGAGACGGUAAAGACCGGUCUCUGUGGGGUAUCUUUCUAGCUAAUGUACAUCUAAGUGUUCGAGAAGAACAUCUAUGGCGCGAACAGUAUAGUCUAAUACAUGUAAAAUAUCGUUUCCAUGUAACAUGGAUGCGCCAGCAGUCUUGCGUCUAUGGUCUAUGCCGUAUCUUCAAUGUCAUGGUUCAGUCCAUCUGAUCCAUCUGACUCUCAGUGCCUUCGGAUUCUUCGACAAGAAGGCCUACAAGACAGGCUGAUAACAUAGUCUCGUAGUUGACCCAAGGAUGAAUCUCGCCAAAUAACUUGGUGCCGUCACGUCCAGCACCACGCAUCAACUCAGGAACACCGCCAGGAUGAAAGUCGGCAUAUGGUGUAACAUUGUACACCUUGCCGUUCAGGGCCAUCCAAGCAUCUUUGCCCUUGCGACCUGUCAUGCGCUUCAACAUAGAUGGAGUCACACGCAGGUAUGGUGUUUGAGGUUCGACACCACGGAGGUCGGCAUUCGGUCCAGAUAUGCGAGCCCAGUCGAGAGGAGAGUGGCCCGGCGUGAGGAGGACCUUGCGAUUGGGCUUGCUGGGUUUCGAUGAGUGUGUAGGUGGAGGUGCCAGGCCACCUGAUGACGGAGGACCUCGGUUUGGUAGAGGGCCACGAGCGCGUUGCGGUGAGUUCACGGCGGGGAACUGAGAGAGUGAUGGCAGGCGACCAGCAGGUGGGGCAGCUGAGAACUUGGGAGGAGGGAGACGGCCUGGAGCUGGAGGCGGAGGCAUCAUGGAGGUUGGGUUCGGGGAGAGAGCGGGGCCCGGGGCUGUGGGGUUCCGACGCGGGGCGGGGUGUGAGCUCGGCGCAAUAGGAGCAUUGUCAAGACUGAAGCUGGGGACGGAAAUAGAGGGAGGAUCGGAUGCGACAGCCUUGGGAGUUGUUUGUUCUUCGGGCUCGGCGAUGGUUAGGGAUGGAGGUGUAACCUUUGGUAAAGGAGGCGGCGGCAUAGACGUAGCAUCAUUCCUGGGGCCCUUCGAUGAGGUCGGGGUAUCGAUCGCAGUAGCGGUAGCCUUCCCUUGGUCUCGACGCUGGUCGUCGUCUCGUGUGGUACGGUUAUCGGCCGGACGAGCCCGGAGUCGAGGGCCCGGUUCCACCUCGUGAUCCGACACCAUGAUACGGGGUCCAGGAUCAGCAUCAGCAUCAUCAGCUUCAGUCUCAGCCUCGUCCUUAGGUGCAACAGCAGGAAAACCAGUCCCUCUCCAGCGAAGGAGGAUCUGUAGCGGCUCUGGCAUCCAUGACGGCGGACGAACAAGUACCCAGACAACAGAGGCGACGAUGAGGCCGAUACCAAUAACGCCCAUGACGACACAAUAGAGACAGAAGUGUGAAACACGAGAAACAAAAAGAGAGUUUUCCCCCAGGUGACUUGGAGAGUUGGGGUCGAUUGGCGAGAAGGAGGGAGGGAGUGGGUUGUGGAAUGGUUAUUGCAGAAUCAUCGAGCCACCUUGUGAUGCGCCUCCGAUAAUAGUUGAUGGACUUGCUUUUGUCAGCGGCGGACCAAGAAAAUCAGAGCUGGAGCUGAAAGGC